AUGUCGUUCCAUCCACGAACUCCCCAAAGCCCUUCGCAAGUUUCACCAGCAAAUUCUUCUGACGCCAUCAAUCCGAACUCAACGACGAUGACCGCCAACACCCUCCCUACUCCCGCGCACAGCGUCACCGGAAGCACCUCCCAGACUGACAUCGCCGCCAACGAUGACUCCCCCAACAAGCGCAAGCGCGCUCUCGAGGACGAGGGUGAACGUGACUCGAAAAAGGUCCAACUCGAGGGGCACAGGCUAGGCAUCGAGGACCUACAUCUUGAUGUAGGCGAGAAGUACCUGCUCUGCCAGACUCCGCAUCUCGAAUCGCUACCUCGAAUGACGGAGGAUCUGUACGAGAUGUUCAAUCUGACCGGCCUCGCUUCCCAAGUCGCACGAGAAAAGCCGAAUGGCGAAAAGAAUGCACUGCGUAAGACAUACAAGGGUCACUUGAAGCGAUUAGGGGUGGCCGGUUCAUUCGGGGAACACAAGAAGCCUGAGGGCGCUCACUCUGAGUUCAUGGCCUUGGUAUACGCCGCAGAUGAAGACUGGCAUUCUCUCGAGGUUAACAACCGCGAAAUCGGACGAGGUUUAUCGGACGCCACCCUGGCAGCUCUCCCUCGCGCGAUGACCAUGGCGAAGGGGUCGUUGCCCAAGGACGUGUGGGACACCUCGGUUUUGGGGGAUUUGGCACCCUUUACCGGUGAUGGCUCGAGGCUAUCAGGGAGCAAGCUGGCUACGCCAGGCACUCCAUUGGGAGGAUCGACUCCUACAAACAUCGCACGGUCCAAGCAGCAGCUUGCGGCAGGACAGGAUCCGAGCAGGACGCGCGGCAACAAGCGAAGUUACAAACCGGACAGCUAUGACGGUUAUAGGGGCUACGCCGAUGAUGAUGACGCUGCUGGAUACUCGACAGGAGAAGGUGAAGGGUCCCAAAAGCGACGAAAGAAGAACGCUGGCAACGCAUCGCCAUACCCGAACCCUAUGCGCCAACAGAGCUACGGUCCGGGAAUGGUCGGUGCCUGA